CUACUAUAGAUUCCGGCAUUUUAUAAAGUCCGGCGAUUGUGUAUUUACCGUUACGUUAAAACUGAUGUUUGUUAAGUUACAGUUACGUUUAAUAAAUUCCAACAUGGAAAAUUACUGAUAGGGAAUAUAAGAUGGCGGCAUGGGAUGAUGAUGAUUUUGUCCCAAUACCUGCAACUUCAGUGGAAAGUGUCAUAACCAAAAGUAUAUUUGAUGGAGAAGAUGUAGAUGAUGAAGGUUUGAAAGACAAUUGGGAUGAUGAAGAUGAAGUAGAAGAAAAAAAAUCAGAAGUGCCAGCUACUGUUCCAAAGAAAAAGAAGCCAUUGGCUGAAAAAAUUAAAGAAAAAGAAGAAAAACGAAAACAAGAAUUACUUGCUAAACAAAAAGAAUUAGAAGCUAUGGCUGAAUCCAAUAAAGAACUAAGUGCUGAAGAACAGUUAUCAGAAAGAAUAAAAAAUCAAAGAUUACAAGAAGAAUCUGAUUUAGAGUUAGCAAAGAAUGCUUUUGGUGUGUCUGACAUACCUGGUGUAAAGACAAUUGAUAAUUUUGAUCCAACUACCAAAGAUGAAUUUAACGAGCUUUCUGCAAUGAUUGUUAAAAAAUUUUCAAAAUACGAAGAUAAAUCAGAAUAUCCAGUAUUUCUAGAAACGCUGUUUCGUGAUUGCUGUGCAGGAGUCGACGUCGAAGACAUAAAGCGUAUAUCAAAUUCAUUAUCUAUUGUUGCGACUGAAAAACUAAAACUUACUAAGGUAACAAAAAGCGGAAAAAAGAAAGGUGCUUCAAAAAAAGACACCAUUAAAGUUGGAAAGGGUUUGAAAAAUGAUAUGGAUUACGGCAACGAUGAUUAUUAUGAAUAUGAAGAUUUUAUAUAAACUAUAAAAAAUAUUUAACUAAUGAGUAUUUUUUCAAACAGAAAAAUGAAUAUUUUAGUA